GGGGAUUUUUUUGUCUUAUAAAAACUUUGGUGGAAUCACAAAAUUAAAACAGUUUUGCUUGAAAUUUCCAUCGACCUCAGUUUCAAUUAACAUUAUAUUUUUCUUGUUUUCGUUUGUUAUCAAUUUCAAUUUCUGUUAAGGUUCAAGUGUCAAAAUAUCAAAAUGAAGCUAUUGGCAAUAUUACUUGCUUUUAUUUGUGGAUUUGUGGUUACAAUAGAAAGUUACAAUCCACAUGAUGCUGCAAGAGCUUUCUUUACUAUUGAUGCUAAUGGCAACCCAAUGCCAAUUCGUCCAAUUGUCUCUGAAACAUUGAAACGUGAUCGUCGUCAGAUCCAACCAUUUGGUACACCAAACUUCGGAUUUCAACCACUUCAAUUCCCUCAAAUUCAACCAGGACAAGGACAAGGAUCGUUUGUUUCAAACUCAAUAAGCAGUCGUUUCGGCGAGGAUGGGGUUCAACAGGAAACACAUGUGGUCCACAGCAGCGACGGACAAAACUACCAACAAACCAACACUUAUGUUCGUCCUGAUGGCACCGUUUAUUCAAACAGACAGUCAGGUCGCCUUAAGCGUCAGACACAGACACAGAUACAAUCUCAGGACGGCGAAGGUGGGGAACAAAGUCAAACUCAAUCACAAAGUUCACCAGGUGGUACACAAUUCCAAAGUCAAAGUCAAGGACAAGGCCCAGACGCAUUGACAGCAGCUAAUCAACCAAAACCACCAACCAGUCAACCAAUCUCAUCUGUUGUCCCACUUGAAAACAAGAAAAAACCAAGUGCUGUUCCUGCCCAGAACAAUCAGAUACCAGCAGCAACACCAGCACAUCAAGGAAAUCCUGACACUGAAAGCAGAAAUCCUCAAAAUUAUCCGCAACAAGGUCAAAAUUAUCCACAACAGGGUCCAAACUAUUCACAACAAGGUCCAAACUAUCCGCAACAAGGAUAUCAACCAGGAGUUGGAGGUCCAUUUAUGUCACCAUUUGGACCUUUCCCACAAGGUUUCCAACCACAAGGACCCUUCGGACCAUUUGGACCACAAGCUGGCUUUGGACAAGCUGGUUUUGGACAGGCUGGUUUUGGACCCCAACCAGGAUUCGGUUUCGGGAAUCCUUUCCUUUUCCAACAACCAGGCUUUGGAGGUGUCGGCCCUAUUCAACCGGGACCAGGAACCCAAACGACAUUCACAGGUACGACACAAACUUUAGAUAAUAGAUUUGGGGAAGAUUCGCCUGUUGUCACUGGGGGAACUCAAACCAUCACUAGUCAAAAUGGAAAUUUUCAUGUUACUACAAGUGUCUUGAAGCCUAAUGGCCAAGUCGUCACAACUCAACAAAGUGGAAAUAAAUUAGACUCCAGAUUUGGAGGUGAUGAUGUGGGUGUUAGCGGGGGAGGUACCACAACAUUCACUAGUGGCAAUGGAGUUUUCCAUUCCACGUCAACAAUUAUUGGACCUGACGGAAAAGUCAGAACUCAAGAAAACAGAGGAAACUCGCUUGAUUCUAGAUUCGGAGGUGAUGACAUGAUGGGUGGUCCAUUCCAAUCUGGGGGAGGCACAACAUCAUUUACUAGUGGCAAUGGAGUUUUCCAUUCAUCUUCAAGUAUUCAAGGUCCUGAUGGUAGAGUCGUAACUCGGCAUCAAAGUGGUAGAACUUAUUAAAAAGUUAACAUUUUUAUAAAACCAAAAAUGAUGUAGCUAAAUAUAUGCUGCAAAACAUAAAUGAAUGAUGGAAAACUUUUGAUUGUUU